AUGUGUCUGUCCACCAUGUCUGUCCACUACGUGUCUGUCCACCAUGUCUGUCCACUAUGUGUCUGUCCGCCAUGUUUCUGUCCACCAUGUCUGUCCACUACGUGUCUGUCCACCAUGUCUGUCCACUAUGUGUCUGUCCGCCAUGUUUCUGUCCACCAUGUCUGUCCACUACGUGUCUGUCCACCAUGUCUGUCCACCAUGUCUGUCCACUACGUGUCUGUCCACCAUGUGUCUGUCCACCAUGUGUCUGUCCACCAUGUCUGUCCACUACGUGCCUGUCCACCAUGUCUGUCCACUACGUGUCUGUCCACCAUGUGUCUGUCCACCAUGUCUGUCCACUACGUGUCUGUCCACCAUGUCUGUCCACUACGUGUCUGUCCACCAUGUGUCUGUCCACCAUGUCUGUCCACUAUGUGUCUGUCCACCAUGUGUCUGUCCACCAUGUCUGUCCACUACAUGUCUGUCCACCAUGUCUGUCUGCCUGCUGGGGCUCAGCAGAGGUGCACAGGCAGAAAUGCUGAAUCUUCUUUGGUGGAAAAGGACACAUCAGCACCAGCAGGACACGUCCCCACCAGGGCUGCAUCUAUGGAUCUUUUUCUGGGAACCAGCAGUUAUAGAUGA